AAAAAACCAUUGUACACACAGUAUUUACUAUUUCUACAGAGUGAUCCCUACAAAUCCCAAAUUAAACAAAGAUGAGUUCCCAGGCCGCUCCAGGUUGCGACGGCACAACAUAUGAGAUCCUUACCCCUGGAAGUGGUGCUGAGAUCACCAAAGGAUCAACUGCCACUGUACACGCAACGGGAGUGAUCAAGGAAACCGGAAAGAAGUUUUGGUCCACCAAGGAUCCUGGACAGAAACCAUUCUCAUAUCAGGCUGGCGUAGGUGGCGUAAUUAAGGGCUGGGAUCAAGGAUGCUUGGGAAUGAAGGUUGGCGAGGUUCGCAAGCUUGUCAUCCCCGGUCAUGAGGCAUACGGACCAAAAGGCUUCCCGGCUUGGGGUAUACCACCAAACGGAACGCUGGACUUCACGCUCGAAUGCUUAAGCGUCAACUAGGUUGAAGCCGUGCCGAAUAAAAUACGAAUGAUUUGGUUGAGGCAUGAGGUAUCCACUUUUAGUAUAUCUUAUGUACUUGGAAGCAUCCGUGUUCUAUUGACUUUGUAUGCUUGAAGAACCAGCGCUCUAUCAACUUUACUUGAGUUCUGUAUCUAUCACCCUUGCAAUAUGAUAUCAAC